AAGUCGUCAUCACCAUGGCAUAGACAUCAGGUAGGGGCGGAUUCUUCGUUAUCGAAUAGUGACUGUCCCGAGUUCUGUUUGCUGUCAAACGGUCUUAGCUUGUUGUUGCAGUUAUUCGUUUUUGAAUAAAAAAAAAUUAACGCAUUAAGUGCUAUUUUUUACUGUUUUAUUGUGUGUGUAUUACAGAUAUAGCCUAUUAACUAUUUUUUUAAAGUUUCAUUGGAACUUUCCAAAGUUAGACGACUAAAAAAGAUGGAUUAUAUGAAAUUUACCUAGUGAUUUCAAUAAAAUCUCAGAUAUAUUUUUCAACUGAUACUAGAACCUGAUACAUAUUUUCAAUGGAGUACACUUGGACAUUGUUAUCAAAUACAGAUGAUCAGGGACUGGGCAAUGAAGCCACCAUGCUAAAUUGUAGUGCUUCGGAGUCUCAUCCUGGUCAAAUUUUAAUACUGUCUAACGAGUCAAAUACGCAAAACAUAACAAAUCAAUCUAUUAAUGACUUAACAAAUUCACUCGACAAAGAUUAUAGUAUGAAUAGAUUGCAAAAUAUUGAGUCAAAAAAACAUCAUACUUUACAUAAUAGAAGUGAUUUCGUCGGAGGCAUUGACCACGAAGCUUUAGAUUUUAGUAAUUUGGCAGAUGAGUUUAUACAAAAUAGUAACCAUGAGACGAAUCAAUUUUUUCAGGAUCCAAUCAAUCAAAAUGAACAAGUUAUGAUUAGAAUAAAUUCACCUUACCAGCAGCAGUCACAAAUUUUUUUAAAAAACUCGACAAUGCCAACAAUUGUUGAAAUGCCAUUCGAUGGAAGUAACGUUUCGUCAAGUACAAGUUUACUUAACAAACUAACAAAAGAACAUAAGUCCCAUAGUUUUUCUUCUAACAGACACAGUUUACCCGAAAGCCCGCCGGACUCGGAGCCUCCAUAUUCACCAGCUGAUGGAGUCGGACAACCACCACAUCGAAAAACGUCAAAUGUACAAUGUUUGAUGUCAUCCAAUAACAAAACUCAACUUUCUAUCAACUCUGGAUCAACUCCUGGACUUUAUACAAAACAACAAACAGUUGUCAGUAAACUUCCUCAUCCUUUGGCAGGACAGCCCCUCUUAAUGAGUCAUUCAAAUCCUUCGUCACAAAACACUAAUUUAGGUUUUGACCACAUACCAUCGAAUAUUAGAGAUGUUGAAAUUCCGGAAGCUGAAUACGCAGAAAUUAUUAUAAACGGAAACGAUAAAAAACGGAAGCUUUGUACAGACAUUGGGAGUUCUAUUCGCGUGAAAAAAGAAUCUGACUCAAGUUGUAAAAAGACCGCUACACAUGUAUCGCCUUCCGGUCAAUCAGUCUGCAGUGAAGACAGCUAUACAUACCAAGAUAGUUGCGAAUCAGGUCUGUACGCUGAUAAUAGCUUUCAAUGUAUUCGGUUUCAACCGUUUCAAGAGUCUUCAUGGAACACUUUAUGUGAUCAUUCAUUGAAAGAAUUACCAAUACCACAUUACAGAGUAGAUGCAGACAAAGGCUUUAAUUUUUCUAAUAUUGAUGAUGCAUUCGUAUGUCAGAAAAAAAAUCAUUUCCAGAUAACUUGUCAUACUCAAUUACAAGGCGAUGCUCAGUUUGUAAGAACUGCUGAAGGUAUACACAAAGUAAACAGUUUUCAAUUACAUUUUUAUGGUGUAAAAGUGGAAUCACCCGGUCAAAGUAUUAAAGUAGAACAGUCCCAAAGUGAUAGAAGUAAAAAAGCAUUUCAUCCUGUUUUGUUGGAUUUGCGUGACGAGCAGGUAUCCAAAAUAACAGUGGGGAGAUUGCACUUUAGCGAAACAACAUGUAAUAAUAUGCGGAAAAAGGGAAAACCCAAUCCAGAUCAACGAUAUUUUUAUCUAGUUGUUGGCUUACACGCACACUGCAUUGAUGAACGUGACUAUCCGAUUGUUUCAUACGCAUCCGAAAGGAUAAUUGUCAGGGUAAUCCAAGCAUCAAACCCAGGACAGUUUGAGAAUGAUGCGGAACUUUGUUGGCAACGUGGUUCCACACCCGAGUCUAUUGUUCACACUGGCAAAGUAGGAAUAAAUACAGAUAGACCUGAUGAAGCUUUAGUAAUUCAUGGAAACGUAAAACUAACUGGUCAUAUAAUUCAGCCUUCGGAUAUAAGAAUCAAACAACAUAUACAUACAUGUGAUACUAGUGAACAACUAAAAAAUGUACAGAAGAUAAAUGUCGUGGAGUUCAGUUAUAAACCAGAAUUUUCAUCAAUGUUUGGGUUGUCUGUAAAUAAAGACACAGGAAUUAUUGCUCAAGAAAUCCAAGAAGUAUUACCCGAAGCCGUGACAAAUGCUGGUGGUAUUGAGUUGUCCAAUGGAGAUGUAUGCAAUGACUUCCUAGUCGUCAAUAAGGAUCGUAUAUUCAUGGAAAAUAUCGGUGCCGUUAAAGAGCUGAGUAAAAUUACAAGCCAUCUAGAAGCUAGAAUUUGUAAAUUGGAGCAAAAAAACAAGUUAAGAUUUUUACCAAAAACUAAUUUUAGUCUAAAUUCACCAAAUAUAAAAGUAAAUAAAUAUUCCUCAAAACUGGAUAAUAAUUUUGAAGGAUUUAAUAAAACAUUAAGCUUGAAUGAAAUUAGUGCAUUUUGUUCCGAAAAUUGUAUUAAAUUCUCCAUAAUUAUUUUGGUCAUAAUCAUGACAAGUUGUAUUAUAUGCAUGACAAGUUUAUUUUUAACAGAACACUACAAUAAGAAUCAAAUACUCAAUAAUGAAAAUAUAUUCUUAAUUAAAUCUCAUGGAAAACAUACCCAAAAAAACCGUCAUUACGGAGAAUUACAAAGAACUAUUGAUGUUCCCAAAGAAAUUGACAAUUUUUUAGAUAAAAAUAAGCGAACGAGUUGUCUCAUACUAAAAAGUCCUGUAAACAGUUAUCAAAAUUGCGAGAUUUCCAAAAUGAAGACAUUAACGUACGAAACUGCAUUAAAAAACUUAAAUGAAAGGCGGAUGAUGGGAAAUUCUUUAAUUAAUUUUAUUAUUACCAUUGAGAGAAUGUUAGACGUGGUUUAUAAAGAAGUUAUAAUUACUGUAUUCUUUAAUAACGGCACUAACUACUCAAUGGAAGUAGAGAACAGAACAGACACUUGUGGAAUUAACAAAAUUCAACAUUGUGGCGAUAAAUCUAAGUUAAUCUAUAGUUUUCAAUUGCCAGCGUUUAAAAGUUCAGGAGGAUUUUUCAUUCAUAUAUCUUACAGAAUAAACAAUAGUAAACUGAACAGUUGUACCUCAUCAAUGAUAGCAAGUUUGUCAUGUACGUCAAACCCUCAUUCCAGAUUGAUGACCAUAAAUGGCACUCAUUGGACACCUUCUUCAAAUACUCAAUUGUGGCCAUUAGAUAAAUUUUAUACAUUAAAAAGUUCUACAAAACUUGCAAUUACUCUACGAUAUGAACACAUAGACAGAGUACAAGCUAUUUGUGAUUAUUCAAAUGGUACACAAUCUAUUGUUGAGUACAAUAUUUCUUUACACAAGAGUUGUGAUGGAAUGUAAGGAAUUUUAAUUUGGAGGUUGCAUACAAAAAUUUGACUCUUUUAGAGUAAUCUUUUAUGUUUAAUAAAAAAAAAAUGAAAGAAUAAUAGAAUUUAUUUUUAUUUUAUAAUUAAAACGUACAUAUUAUUCAAAAUUCAACAAUUUAAUUGUUUAAAGUUUAUUAACAAUUAUGUGUCGACAUCCCGUACAAUAUUAAAUGUUAAGUAUCUUUAUAUUUUAAAGUUUAAUGACUGAAAUAGAUGACCCUACUUUUUAACCAUUUACACGAAAUAUUUUUAAUGUUUAUAUAUAGUCUAGAAUAAUAUAAUAAAUUGGUUAAUUAUUUAACACUAAAUUCUUUUCUAACACUUCUAUAAACACAAAAUUAUAUUCAGGCAGCUAAACUUUCAUGUAAAAAUUAUAGUUCAAAUAAUAUUCAUGUUAUAAUAUUAUUUUAAAAGGCGAAACAUUGUUUAUAGUAGUAUUAUUAAUUAAAAUAAUAUAAUAAUUUUUG